CACCCCUCCUGGCAUCAGACUGCCUGUGGGUGCCUCCUUCCCCGAUUGCCCCGAGCCAAUCCCCAUUCCGUAGAGGGGCACCUGCUGCGACAGCGCGCCAGCCUGGGAGAUGUGAGUGAUCCUUGUUGCUCGUUAUCGACUUGCCUUGCUGUUGGCCGGCGCAACUCGUCCUCUUCAUGUUAG